CAGACUCUCUUCUUCACUCCUCCUCUCUCUUCCCACAGAGAAACCCCCAAAAAAAAAAAAAAAAGUAUGGAUUCGAAGAAUGUUGAAGAAAAGCUAAACGAAGAAACCAAAUCCGCAGAAGAACAUAACCCAGUCGCCGCCAUUAUCCCUUCAUCUCUACCAAUCGCGUCUCUUUCUCUCAUCACCUUCUUCCCCACCUCAACUCAGUUUCUCAGAUUGUUUUCUCAUCAUCCAAACAAGGUUAGGAUCCCUACGCAGGCCUCUUCCCUCACUCAUCUCUCUCUUUCUUCUGUCUCUCCUCCUCCUCCUUCCAGCAUCUCUUUCAAAUCCACCAUCGCUGCUAACCCUCUCCAAUCCCCUCUCUCCAUCGUCCCUCGCCGUCCCGUCGAUCCUUCCUCCGCCGCCGCUCUCCGCCGUGCUGCUGUCGUCUGGUUCCGCAACGACCUCCGUGUCCACGACAACGAGUGUCUCAAUUCCGCUAAUGACGAGUGCGUCUCCGUUCUCCCCGUUUACUGCUUCGACCCUAGAGAUUACGGGAAAUCAUCUUCCGGCUUCGACAAAACGGGCCCUUUCCGUGCCCAGUUUCUGAUUGAGUCUGUUUCAGAGCUCCGCAAGAAUCUCCAAGCCAGAGGCUCCAAUCUCGUCGUCCGUGUCGGCAAACCUGAAGCUGUUUUGCUGGAAUUGGCUAAGGAGAUUGGAGCUGACGCCGUUUAUGCUCACAGGGAAGUCUCUCACGACGAGGUCAAAGCCGAAGGGAAGAUUGAGACGGCCCUCAAGGAGGAAGGCGUUGAAGUCAGCUUCUUCUGGGGAAGCACUCUCUAUCAUUUGGAUGAUUUACCCUUCAACAUCGAAGACUUGCCCUCUAACUACGGAGCUUUCAAGGAUAAAGUCCAGAAACUGGAGAUUAGGAAGACCAUCGCUGCUCUUGAUCAAUUGAAAAGCUUGCCCUCUCGAGGAGACGUUGAGCUUGGUGACAUUCCUUCUCUUUUGGAUCUCGGCGUUUGCCCCACUGCUAGAACGAGCCAGGAAGGGAAGCCCACAAUGGUUGGAGGAGAGACAGAGGCGUUGACUAGGUUAAAGAGCUUUGCAGCAGAGUGUCAGGCUCGGUUGAGCAAGGGAAACCAGAAAGGAGGUAACAACAGUGUGUUUGGUGCAAACUUCUCUUGCAAGAUAUCACCUUGGUUAGCCAUGGGAAGCAUCUCUCCUCGUUCCAUGUUCGAUGAGCUCAAGAAAACAAUCUCUGCAUCCACCACCACCACAACUCCAAGGAACGGACCGGGAGAUACCGGACUCAACUGGUUAAUGUAUGAGUUGCUAUGGAGGGAUUUCUUUAGGUUUAUUACCAAAAAAUACAGCUCAGUGAAAACGCAGGUCGAGGCUGGUCCGGCUACAGCCUGUACCGGCGCCUUUGCUUAAACUUAGUUCAGGUGACUGGAAAAGUAGAUCCCAUCUGGUUUUUGCCCUACUCUUUGUAUCCGUGAAUUUAUUUGCUAUCUGGGACAAGACUUAGCGGCUCUCCUUUGAGACUGACUGAGUAUGGAGAAUGAAUUAGUAAAGCCUUUUUUGUUGGCUCAAUCAAGUUGUUAUUCCUUUGUUCUAAACGUUACAUAUACUCACUCAUUCCAUAAAAAGUCUAUAGAAUUUGUGAUACCA